AACAUGAACUUUAAGUAAAGUACUUGCAUUAAAUUAUUUAAAAACAUUCACCGUUGUACUCAUAUGCAUCUCAUAUAUAUAUGAAGUACAUAACAUAUCUUCAUAUCCAUUGAUUCAUUUAGUUGUGUGCGCUUUAAAUGUAGGUGUAGUAGGUGCAGUAGGUGUAUUCCAUCGUGCUUUGGUAUACGAGUUACUGUUCUUGGCACAGUUUCUGACCAUCUCCUAGUGCGAACACAACGAGCUGGACCUCCGCGAGUUUCCCGCGGAAAUUUAUUUCAAACAUUAUCUUUUUAUUUUUAAAUUACAUAAAUAUAAAUAUAUGCAAAUACUUUUUUUAUAAUUAUAUAUACUAUUAAACUUGUGAUUUUACAGAACAGUGAUUGCUAGUGAAAUUUUUUACAGAAAUUCAAAAUGGAAAAACUUCAAGUAAAUUCCUGUUGUGGAUGUUUUUCAUUAAAAACAGGCACAUUAUUUACCGGAAUAUGUGGCAUUAUACUAUCAAUAAUCACAUUAAUCCUCUUAUUUACGGUCAAUAUGGAACUGAAGAUGAUAGUGCUUGACAUACUAGAUAAAUCAAUCAUUAAGAUUAUCUUCGCUAUAAAUCUUUGCAUGACGAUAUUAAUCUCAACAUUAUUGAUCGUCGGAGCUCUAAAAAAAAAUACAUUUAUGAUGCUUCCUUGGGUUGUAUUAGGAAUAAUGUUAGCAAUCGGAGCACUUGUAAGUGUUUUGUAUACAUCAAUAGCUUCAAUGGUCAACCAUAAAAUUUUAAACGGCGUUUUAAGUUUAAUAAUUGGCCUCAUAUUUGUCGCCAUUUACACGUACUUAUGGGUUGUAGUGUACUGCUAUUUUCAACAAUUAAGAAUGGAAAAAAUGAACGUUAAAGUUGGACCAUAUGGAAGACCUUACAAUUAUCGACGACCAUAAAAAUAAACUAAUAAGUAAUAAACUUGUUACUUUUUUUUCAAACCGUUUAAAUUUAUAACGGUAAAAAAAAUCACCAAAGCCUUGCCACAAGUGUUCCUUAACAAUUUAUUAUUUAUUAAUAAAUAAUAAUUUUUUUUAUUGUUUAUUUUUAAAUGAAAUUUAAGGAACAUAAACUUUAUUUUUAUUUAAGAUACGUUUUAUUUUAUACAUUUAUUUAAAUUAUUGCGUUUUAAAUAUUUCACAUUUGACUGAUAAUAAUUAUAUAUAUUUAAUAGAUUUUUGAGUCAUAUAAACCCAUGAAAAAAUCUUUUUAUAAAAUUUCAUAGUGUUAGGAAAUUGUAUGCAGUUCUGUCAAAUUUCAUAUAAUUUCGUAAAACUUUACUGCACAAAAUUUAUAUUUAUAAAAUUUCAUUGCUUUAGUGAUCUAUAUUUCUGUGAAAUUUCAAUUAUUAUAUAGUUGAGUCACGUUAUGAGCCCGUUGACGUAUUUUUCUAUUGAAGACAUUCCCCCUCCAUGUUAUGAAAAUAAUCAUGUACAGACUCACACACUUGUAAAGUAGGGGAAAUGUGAAUCACCAUGGUAGAAACUGAGCAGAAGUGGGGGUACAGGAAUUCUUAGAAUUUCCCCUACACCCCUGUAAAUGGGUUCAUAACGCGGCUAGACUGGAUGUUAUACGUUACAACCUGGUUAUAAGUUACUGUUAGGGGCUAAAGGAAAAAAAUUUCUUGAAAAUGAAUUUCCCCUACUUCUAUCUUAUACACGGCGAUCACUUAAGGAGGUUCAUCGGUAGCAGUAGUUCGCAACUUUUAGAAAGAUUUCUCCCGUGUAAAACAUUCUAACUACAAUAAGAAGUGUUUGAGAUGCAGUAAACUUUUGCGCAUCCUCUUAUAUGCGCAGAAGUAUAAAAAUGAUCCAAUUACGUCUUUUCUCAGACUUGGCUACGUUGCAUUCUAACUUAGAAUAUUUUUCCCCUUGAGCAUGUGUUGUAGAAAGUGUUUUGAAUAAUUUCGAGGUUAUACAUAGUUGGAGACAACAAAUAAUAAAUAAUAAAUAAUAAUGACUUCGCGAAUAAAUUAAAAAAAUUCUAAAUUUAAAAAAUAAUUUAUAAUUAUUUAAAUCUGUUAGGCUUCUACUGUGUUUUAAACUUCCCGCGCACUGCAACGUUGCCAAGUCACUAUCUCUCACUUGUGGGAGGUUAUGGAGAAAGCUUGAAAAUCAUUAAAAGUAACAAACUUUAAAAAUUAAUUACAAAAAAUGAAUACCGCUCAUUUAUGUUUUUAUUGAAAAAAAUUACUUGUUAUAAAUUGAAUUAAUAAUUUUCAGCUUUUAAAAAAUGCUGUAAGAAAAGUAUGAUUGUUAUUUAAUAAAAUGCUCACUCUAACUACGGUCAACAUAGGGAAUACAUGUUAAAUAUACGAUUUUUAAUUGUUAAUAUUUCGAAACUUAGAACCGCGAGAACUAUUUUAAAAAAUUCCUCCGUAUACACGAUACUUCAAAGUAUUUAUAUUUAAAUACUUUGAAGUUAGUGCAGUGCAUACGUUGAUAGCAACUGCGAUUUAGAGUCAAAAGGAUCUUGGUUCGAGUCCAGUAGUCGCCGGGACUCAAUCAUCGUAAAAAAAACAACAUUAAUCUGCUUCAGUAAUGUCUUCCAUAGGAUCGGCAUUAAGAUCCAAGUAGCAUUUUUGACUUUCCGCUAUGAAAAUCGACAAUUUUCGAAAAAUUUGAGGUUAUCAUUAUU